AUGGUUUCCCAUUGGCUCUGCAGCUGCUGGCGUUUGGAAGCCAUUCCGCUUCUUGCCCAGAAAAUCCCCGACCCCGGAAACCUGAAUACCUUUCUGACUGAUCCCAAACCCAAAAAUACUAUUACUAUUCUUCAUCUGAAUACGAUUGUGGACGUGGAACGCGAUCCUAACUUGGAGGUGUUGUGUUCGUAUGACGAGGAUGAACCGGAGGAGGUGCAGUGGGAUGAUGAAGUGGUCGAUGAAAAAGUUGAAUACUUACUGAAACUCAAGAGGGACGGUUACAAGUUUAAGAAGUCUGAUUUCAAAGGCGGAGACACAACCUUUGUUCCCAUCGUAAACGCGAAGAAUAGAGAAGGAAAAAACGGGAGGAAAAGUAAUCAUGUGAAGAUGGAGGGGAGGGAUUCCAAGGAUGGUCCGACACCAAAAAAGGCCGUAGAAAAGAAGGAGAAACAAGGAGUGAAACCUUUGCGCAGAGGAGUGCCAAAGAGAAAGAGGGGCCGUGAUAGGUAG